AUGGCUCCCAAGAACGAGAAAGGCGGGGGCGGCAAGAAGCCAACUGCCGCCAAACUCGUCGAGGACCGCACGUUCGGCAUGAAGAAUAAAAAGGGAGCAGCUGCUCAGAAGCACAUUGCUCAAAUGACAUCAAAUCUAAAAUCCGGCGGCAGCGCAGAGGAGAAGCGAAAGGCGGCAGAAAAGGCCGCGCGAGAAAAGGAGAAGAAGGCGGCAGAGGACGCCAAGAGGGAGGCUGCGGCUCUCCUGAACCGGCCGGCUCAGAUUCAAAAAGUGCCCUUUGGCGUGGACCCCAAGACGGUCGUCUGCAUCUUCUAUAAAAAGGGCGACUGCGAGAAGGGCAAGAGGUGCAAAUUCUCGCACGACCUGUCCAUCGAACGCAAAACGGAGAAAAGGAACCUGUACUCUGACACGAGGACUGAGGAAGAGGAAGAGAAGGAAAAAAAGAAGCAGGAGACGUCGGCCGACUGGGACGAAGAACAGCUACGCCAGGUGGUCUUAUCCAAGAAGGGCAACCAACGGACGUCGACAGAGAAGGUCUGCAAGUUCUUCACCUCGGCCAUCGAGGAUGGAAAAUACGGCUGGUUCUGGGUCUGCCCCAACGGAGGGGACAAAUGCAUGUACAAACAUGCUCUGCCGCCAGGAUUUGUCUUGAAGACGAAGGAGCAGAGAGCGGCGGAGAAGGCUCUUAUGGACAAGUCUCCGCUCAAGACGUUGACUUUGGAAGACUUCCUAGAAUCCGAGCGGCACAAGCUCACCGGGGAUUUGACGCCCGUCACUCCAGAGACGUUUGCCAAGUGGAAAAAGGAACGCUUGGACAAGAAGGCUGCCGAGGAGCAGGCUCGCAGGGCCAAGGAGAACACUGGCCGCGCGCUGUUCGAGAGCGGCAAGUGGCGCGACGUGGACGAUUCGGACGCCGACGACGACGACGACGAUGUGUGGAACCUCGAAAAACUGAGAAACGAGACGGAGGCUGUCCGCGUCAAGAAGGAGGAGGAGCGGCUGGCUACUCUGCACGGCGUUGAGGGGAGCACGGGCAACGCAGACUGA